AUGGAUGGUCGAGUCAUUCUCGUGGGCCAGAAUCUUGAGGUGGCGCUGAGGGCCUUGCCUUCGGAUCCGGAUUAUGUUGGUGGCUUGAAGAUUUGGGUCGAUGCCAUUUGCAUCAACCAGAAAGACUUGGCUGAGCGCAAUCGUCAAGUCAAGCGAAUGCGCAUGAUUUAUGGCAAGGCUCUGAUCGUAUCGAUCUGGCUCGGCAAGGUUCCAGACGACGCCAUCCACGAUGUUGCACUGCUGCAUGAGUGCAUCAUCAAGUGCAAAGACGAUCAAACAGCUUCUGAGGCACUUGAGAAAGUGCUCGUCGAUCCGAUAAAGAAGGAGACCAUUAGGAAUUCGAUUGACAUUGUCGUUAGCGCACAAUAUUGGACUCGAGUAUGGGUUAUCCAAGAAAAGUGCCUUGGGCCGUUCAAUCCCUCAAUUCUCUUUGGGACGUUCCGGAUGGGGUUGAUCCCGUUGAAGAACUUCCUGCAGCGCGCAACCAACAUCCGUGGUGCCGUAAGGGCUCGAGAGAAGGUGUGGCGGGUGUUUAAGCUCGUUGAGUUGGUCGAAGCCAAUCAAGAGCGCGUCCGUCGUGGUCGUGCGCAGACUUCAGAAGAGAAGAGAAAGGACCAAGACGAUCUGGGGCUACUCCUAAUGGUUGGACGUCUCGCUGGCUCACUUGACCUGCGAGACCGGCUUUACGGCUUGAUGGGGAUGAUACCCGAGUAUGUGACGAAACAUGUCGAGCCAGAUUAUACAAAAGAUGUAUCCGAGGUGUUCUGUGACUUUGCUAGAGCACUUGUUUCCGGCUUCAAGUCUUUCGACAUCAUCCUUACUGGUACAACAGACUCUGAUCUGGAACUUUCGUCUUGGAUUGGAGAAUGA